AUGUUAAAGGAAGUUUUUGUUAAAUUUGCUUUUAGACUGAUUAGCAAUUCAAUUACAGUUGAAUAAGAGUAUGAAGUAAGUCAGUAAUUGAUUAAUUUUUUUGGCUUGUUAGGAGCAUUACUUCCAUUCUCAUAUGCAGUGGUUCCUAAUUAUAAAAUAUUUUUUGGAGAUGAGUCUUUUAUUUUCCUAGCAAAAUUAGUACGACCAUAUUUGUUUUUCAAUCAUUAAGAAGUAACUUAAGGGUUAUUAUCAUACAUAUUUUAUUUUGGAAUUUUAAUAUCCUUAAUUAACAUAGGUCUAUAAGGAGCUAAUACUUAAUAUUUGAUUAAAUUGAAUCAUAAAUUUUCACUAAUCAGCAGGACAGCAUUUUUGAUGAAUUAAAUAUUUGAUGUUUAUCUCUUUAAUAUUAUUGUCGAAGUAAUAUUAUUACAAGAAAAAGCAUACUCUUAUAUUAUAACGAGCAUAUACUGUUGUAUUUUAUUUUAUAGAAUUGCAUUGACAAAAGUUAGUAUAAUAUUUAAAUAUCAUACUUUUAAUCAUUAGAAUUAGUCAUUUUAUUAUUAUUGCAUCCAAAUUUUAAAUAUCACACAAAUACUAUUAUAUGUUUAAAGUUCUGAAAGCAGGUUUUUACAAUUGUUAUAGGUUGCCAUAUCGAUUAUCAUUUGUUCAUUAAAUAUAGCCAAUAUCCUAACUUACCUUCCAUAAACAAACUUAAGUUUGUUAAAAUUAUAAUUGCCCACUUUCUUGAAUUCUGGAUUUUAUUGUUUUGGAGUUCUAAUAAAUUAAUUUUAAGAUGUAGAAAACCAUAGUCCUUAAAUGCUAUUUAUUCUAUUAUGGCCUUUUUGGAUUAAAAUUUCACAAUAUUAAUUUGAGAAUUUGCUUAUAGUAUCAUAAGAUUUGGAAAAUUAUCAAAAUAAAAUUAUUCAUAUAUUCUAUUAAAAUUAAUUUGAUGAAGCAAAUAUAAAAACAGUUUUCUAUAAAAGAAAUUUAAGCUAGAAGGUUUUCAAAUUAAAUGAAUUAUUUAAAAAAAAAGGUAAAAAUAAAACCAAUUUUAAUAUUUUAGAAAAAAUCAAGAUUAAAGUAAUUAUUAUAAAGAUUUUUAGGAUCAACAACAGCAUUUUUCUCUGCUUCUUCUUUUUGAAGAUUAUUUUGGUGCUUAUGAAUAUAUUACUAAAGAAAUUACAUCAACAUCAAUUAUUUAAUAAAUUAAAUUUGAUAUUUGCUCUUUAAAAUGUAAGUUGGAGUUAAAAUAAUAAAUGAUCAUGUAUAGCCAAACACUACAUAACAAAGUUUUUAAUCUAGAUGUUGAAAAUUUUAUUAAAGUCGAAUCAAAAAGUUAAGAAUUAAAUGAUCAAUUGAUAAGAGAUUGCUAGUUAAAGAUAAAAUAUUUGUCACUUAUUAAUAAAAAUGAAAUUUAGAGAUCAAAACUUGAAAAACAAGCAAAUCUUUGUAUUUAAAAAUUUGAAAAAAUUAUAUUUGAAAUUGAAUUGUUAUAUAAACAGUUUCCAUUAAAAAGAUAUUAAAGAUAUUUGAUAUUUGCAUAUGCAGAACUUUGUAAUGAUUUCUUGUAAGCCAUAAGAGUAAUGAAUUUAACUUCAUUUAAUGAUGAAGCAAUUUAUACAAAAAUUUUAUCUCUAAAUUUAGAUUUUUAUUCUAUCAAAACAAUUUAUUUAAUUACUGAUUUAGAAAAUAGGAAAGUCCUUAAAGUUUCAUCUAACUAUAAAAAUGUAAUGAAAUCUCAUAUCUCUAAAUUAGAAGAAAUUAUUCCAAAAGGUGUAAAAGAAUAUCAUGAAGAGAUGAUUAAUAAUUUCUUAAAAACUGGAGAAUCUAACUUUUUUUAAGAGACUACAUCAACAUUUUAUCAAAACGAAGAUUUCAUAACACCAAUUACUAUUAUAAAUGAUGUUUUUAUCUAAAAUAAUCAUAUCAAUUCAAUUACAAUUGCAACUGUUCCUAAUGAAGAUUAAAUUACCUUGAUUGUAGAUGCAAAUCUUAAUAUAUCUGGGAUUACUAGAGGAUUUUUAGAUUCACUUGAAAUUAGUCAUGAUUAUUGCAAAUAUCUUACUGGGAUAAAAAUAGGAUUAGUAAUACCAGAAUUCAUAGAACUUUCUCAAAAUGAUUAGGUUUAAUACAUAGAACUUCGAUUCUUAAGUGGAUUUCAACUUUAAAAAUAUUUAGAUUUAAUUUAAAGAAAUUUCAAUAGUAAACAAUAAUAAAUAUUAAUUAAUGAUCUUUGGCAUGAUAAAUCUAAAUUAGAUACAUACAUAUCACAUUGUAAUAUAAUUAAAUCAAAAUAUGGAUUUUAUAAAGUAAAUUUCAAUUACAUAAAAAAUAAAAUUAAAGUUCCAAUGCGUAAUUUAACUUUAAAAACCUAUGCUUAGAUAUCAGUACAUGAUAAGGAUGAUAUGGAUGAAUAAGUUAAUAUAAUCUCUCCAUAUGAAUAGUAAGAUUAUUUAAUGGAGAAAUAAGAGGCAGAGGCUUUUGGUGUUAAUAAAUCUGAAGUUCUAAUAUCAGGUAGAGAUCAUCAAACAUUAGCAUUAAUAGAUGUUGAUAAAGAUGUUGAAUUUCAUAAUAGUAGAAACAAUUAAUAAACAAUAAUAAGACCGACUACAUUUUAAAACAUCUUUUAAAGUUAAUAAGAUAUAGCUGGUGAAGAGGAAUAGUAAAGUUAUUCAAUAGAAGAAAAUAAUAAAAAAUAAUAUUAUUCUGUUAAAAAUAUCUCAAAAUAUGGUAUUUUUGAAAAAAUAAGAUAAAAUAAUACAAUAAGUAAAUCAAGUAGACUAUUAGUAAUAGUAUUAAUAUUUAACCAAGUAUUAUUCUUAAACUAAAUUCUCAUAUCCAUAAUAAGUAGUCUUAAUGUUUUAGAUUAAAAUAAUGUAGAUAUAGAUUUAUUAUAGAUAAAAUAUUAUUUAUUUUAACCAGUUGAAUCAUUUAUUGUAACAAGAUAUACAAUAAUUAAUUAUAAUGCUUAAUUUUCAGCAAAAGCAAUUACCAAAAACUAAUUAGAUAAAUAUUUAGUGUUUCCAAAUUCUAAUUUAAAUUUAGGUUUUGAUGAUGUUCAAUCUAAUUAAGCUGCAAUAUUAAAUAGAUUGACUCUUUAAGAUUUUUUAGCUGAAUAUUAUGAUUUUUAUAUAUAUAUUAAGACUGAUGUAGGAGAACUUUAUAAUAUCACAAUGAGAUAAUCAUUAAGUAUACUAAUAAAUUACUAAUAUACAUUUAAAGCAGCCUAUAAAUAUGAUGGUAGAACUGUCUCAGAUUCACCUUAUAUAUUUUAUUCUUAUAGAAAUCUUUUAACUUUAUACAAUGCAUUUGAUUUAUUAAAUUAGCAAUUAUUUAUACAAACUAUUUAAAGAAUUGAAUUAGAUUUAGAUAAAGAAUUAACAUUAUUUUAUCCGUUUAUUAUUUUAUAAAUUAUAUUCUUAGGUUUAGAAAUAUAUUUCUAAUAUAAAAAUGAGUAAUUUUUAAGUAAAUUUUUUCUUCUUCUUCUUUAUUGUGAUUAAUAAGUUAUAUAAUAAGAGAUAAAGCGUCUAAAUAAAUUUGUCGAAAUGUACAAUAAUAAAUCAGAAUAAAUUUUACCUAUUUAAUUUAAAAUAGAAAACAAAGAAGAUGAAAUUGCUGAAUAUAAAAAUCAUUCAGUUACAUCAAUUAAAUAAACUGAAAAAUAAAGAUCUAUUAAAUUGACUAUUAGAAAUAAAUAUAUUGUUCUUUUAUUUUAAUCAAUAAUUCUAAUAUCUUUUGGAUUGUUAAAAUAUUUUGUAAUGAAGAAUUAUUAGAAUAAAUAUGAACCAACUUGUGAAUUUUAUUUAGAAAUGUCAUAUCUUGGAACCAAUAUUCCAACUAUAUAUGCUAUGAGAGAGGUACUUUAUUAUAGAUGGAGAUACCCAUUUUAUAAAGAUGAAGAAAUAUCAUAAAUAUUAAUUUAAGUUGAAACAUGCUUAUAACAAGUCUAAAAUUUUACUUUUUAUUUGUCUUAAAUAUAAAUGUAAAUUAAUAGUUAUAUUUAGGGAUGAGUUUGUACUUAGUCAUAACUUUUAUUAAUACCUAGAAGAACUUAGUAAUAGUAAUCUAUGCGAUAUGUUAUCAUAAGAUUUAAUUACAAAAAGCAAGGAUUUAUGCUUUUCAACUUUAGGAGGAAGUCUUUAAAAGGGUUUAUAAGGAGCUCUAGUAUUUGUAUAUUCUAGUAUAAAUAAUGAAAAACAAAUAAACUUAUUUCUCAACAAAACUGAGAAUACAGUCAAUGAAUUAGAAGGAGUAUUUAUUCUAUCAGAACUAAUUAAAAAAGUAAAUGUAGCUUUUAAAGAUGACUUCUUAUCUUAGGCUAAAUUAGUAUAAGAUAGUUUAUUUGUAAAAAUAAUAGUUUUAUUUAGAUCAUAUCCAUAAUUUAUUUAUUGUUUAUGAUUACAACCUUAGUAAUAAUUUUCGCAAUUAUUAAUCCUUAUUUAUUUAAACAAUUUUACUACGCUAGAAGAUAUUUAUACUUAAUACCAUAAGUAGUUAUUUAUGGUGAUGCUGCUUUUGAGAGGCAAAUGAAAUUAUUAUUCAAAAUCUCAUCCUGA